AUGGCAUCCUCAUCAACUUCGAGGCCCAUCACGCCUCUCCUACCUGCAAAACCCAAUAACGGUAUACUUGCGGUGAACGCAAGUAGGACAAACGAGAAUGUUAUGGCUAGAUUAUCAGAGGAUUUCCCGGACGCUGAAUCGCUAAGUCGGCAUCAAGAGAUCCAUGCGAGACUACAGCUUGAGAUAAUGGAUGUGAGGGAGGAAGUAGCUAGGCUGAAAAGUGAAUUGAAGAGGGAUCAGGAUCCUGGUAAAAUGUCCAAAAUACAAAAUCAAAUCAGUCAACUCAUGCUUCAAAUCAAUGUAAUUAGAGAGAAAGCUGCAGAAGCUGAAGCGAUAGUCAAAUCCAUCACGACUGAUAUACAGAGAUUGGAUACUGCCAAGACGAACUUGACCAGUGCUAUACAGAUGUUAGAGAGGUGGGGAAUGCUGAAAAAUGCUCAUUCUCAGUUGAAAGAAUUAUUACCUACCAAAAGGUAUAAAGACAUGUCCCAAGCUUUAUCCGCCGUAACACACCUCUUGACUCCCCUCAAAGCAUUAUCCAACAUUCCUGCCGUAUCAGAGAUAUUUAGAGCUGCGGAAUCGGACCGUAAGGCCAUACAGGAGAAAGUAGCCGUGGAGAUGGAUGCUUUUUUCAAGCAGGACCCUAAUCGACCUGUGGAUAGGAAGACUGUCUCAGAAGUGUGUUAUGUGAUCGAUGUACUAGGCGGUGAUUUCAGAAACCACAUAAUCGAGAGAUAUCUUCAAUUGCAAUUAGCAGAAUACCGACGGAUAUUCAGGUCUACCGACGAAGCCGGUCAGCUGGAUAAUGUACCUAGGAGAUACGCAUGGUUCAGAAGAGUACUCAAACACCACGACGAAGAGGAUGCAUCAUUGUUCCCUUCAUCAUGGGAAAUUACCAGGUUGCUGGUAUCGAAUUUCGCGGAAUAUACGAGAAGUGAUCUAGCGAACGUAUUAGGAAAAUCUACACCUGCUGUCAACAUCUUACUGGAUGCUUUACAGGCUACUUUGGACUUCGAAGCUGGCUUCGCGAGGAGAUUUGACAUGCCUUUCGAAGAUAUCACUGCCGGUGGAUUGACAUCGCGGGGAGCAAGUGCAGCGCCCAAAUGGACCAUAUCAAGUAUAUUCGAUAAUUACUUCAACGUCUACGUCGAUGCUCAGGAUAGGGCGAUCGCAGAUAUGCUAUCAGCCUAUAGAGGUCCUCGAUCACGUUCAUCAAUGGAAGGCGCAAUGCAGCAGGAAUCAGAUACUCCCGUCCCGACUGUACUUCCCUCUUCAACCGAACUGUUCUAUUUCUACGGACAGACUCUGGAACAGUGCGAGAAAUAUACUAAAGGUGAACCGAUGAGGAAGCUGAGCAAAGUGUUUGCGAAAUGGUUGAAGAUAUAUUCAGACGACGUUCUGCUAGCUGGCAUAAAAAGGGAACCAGGCCGUAGAUCGUUAGAAGGGAGAGAUAAUCUACGAGAAGUGAAGAACGCUUGCAUGAUACUCAAUACAGCGGAAUAUUGUCAAAAUACUUCUUUGCAGCUCGAAGAACGGUUGAAGGACAAAAUUGCAGAGGAGUUCAAACCAGAGGUAUCUUUUCAGAAUGAGCGGGACACGUUCUCAACUGUCAUCUCAUCAUGUAUAAAUACCAUCUUACGAGAACUCGAAAUAUCUUGCGAGCCCGCUUUCGCUGCGAUCCUGAAAACGCCUUGGAUGCACCUCGAAAACGUUUCAGGGAGAUCGGCCUAUAUAGUAGAUCUAGUGGGAUCGAUCAAGCAGGUCGCAGAGGUUGUUAGAAGUAGAGUUGAGGGGAAGAAAUAUAUCCGGAAUUUUGCUGAUAAAGCUGUUGGGGUCGUCAUCACUAGAUUUACCCAGUCCGUAAUCAAGAGUCGACCAUUGAAAAAGAUAGGUGCGGAACAGAUCUUGCUCGAUGUCCAAGCUGUCAAGGCCUGUCUAUUGGAUCUGCCUGAACCCCAUCCGGAGAACUCCACUAAUAUAUAUACCAAAUACGUCACGAAGAAUACUGGUCAGCUGGAAACUAUGUUGAAAGUCAUUCUCGCUCCCGAUGAUCCCCCAGAAGGUUUCGUGCAGAAUUAUUGCUUGUUGAUCGGUGAUCGAUCCUUUAGUAAUUUCCAGAAAAUAUUAGACCUCAAAGGUACUCCUCGAACCGACCAACAGAAACUGCUCGAUAUUUUCUUAUCAGUCACGUCAACCAACUCCGAACUGUCCGAUACGUCUUUCUUGACUCAUAUCGACAUGGAUCCUCCCGCUUCAUCUACUACUUCGGGUCCAGGAGGUAAUGCUGAUAUUCAAAGAGUCACAUCGCCCGUAUCUGGAAGUGGAAUGUUCUCACAACAUCAUGGUAGUUCCACCGGUCUACCGGGUUUGCUAAGGUCCGCAUCAGCUUCGGGAGAAGGUCACGAUAGGUCCGAGACUCCCAAGGCGUUUGGAGAUUUCAGGAGGUUGGUGAAUUUCGCUAGGAGGGAGACAAUGAAUCCUUUAGGACAUUAG